AUUGGCGGGAAGGUUGCUGACACACUGACACUCUCCCACCAUCGUCGUCGCCCCUUAAUUCAUAACAACACUGACACGCUGACACUGGUGGUGGUGGCUGACGGCGUGUGCACCAGCUCAAGUGUGUUAUACAACACACAAGAUGGUGAAGUGGGAGGUGCUCGAUGCCGAGUGUGACGAGGAGACUCGUCAGGCUGGUGAUCUGGGCUCUCUUACAUCUCUCUAUGAAGUGGUGAAGUUAGCUUACCUUCAGCCAGAUUGUCCGGUAGAUGGUUUACCUCAGCUGUGUGCCAGUACAGCUUGGGGUUAUGUUGCUGUAGCGAUCGACUGCACCAUUUUUGUGUUUGGUGAAGGAUGCUCUUCUCUUAUCAUGCAGCUGGUUCUAGAGGCACCAAUAGACUUGGUGCUCUGGAUCCCUCAGGGGGAGUUUCUCUUCCUGGGAGACAGAGCUGGUGGCAUUCAUUGUGUUCAUGUGAAGUCACAGACAGUUGUAAUUACAAAGCUUCUUUCUUUAACUGUGACCAAUACCAAACUCUUCGUUGGUGGAGGCUGCAGGCAGUCAGAAGACGGGCUGGUUUCUGUCUCCUUAGUUACCUCCCGUGGCCAUGUUGUUAGGAUGGAAAACUUUGACUCUGAAGCUUUAUCUGAUGGCCUUCGCCUAGGUGAUCAAGACAAUCUGAGAUCUCUUGAAGCUCAAAUGAUGAUAUCAGUAGAUAGUAUGAAUCUUGGUGAUGUGGAGGUGUUGACUGCAGGAUACAGCAGUAAUAAUCCUUGGAUUUGGUGUGGAGAUACGGUCGGUACUGUGCAGUGGAACCCUUCGAGCCUCCCCCUCCCCUCUCAGUCAUGCACCUGGCAGCUCGUCCACAAGCCUGGUUGCCUGCGUGUUAUCCCAGUGUGUGACAGUAGAUAUGUUGUAACACUGGACAUGGCUGGCAAACUAGCAGUGUUGUGUGGUGUAACUGGGGUAACUGUGUGGGAAGCUGACAGUGAUGUCAUUCCAGUUCUGGACAUUGCCUACCUCCAGGGAGAUGAGCAGAACACCCAGUUUCUCCUCCUCCUCAAAAAUCCUAAUUCUGAUGGAUGUCUUCUACGUAUUGUAUCAUUUCCAGAAUUUUUAACAGUGUAUGAACUGGGUGUAAACAAGUGCACUCAGCUCGUGUUCAUUGGCGAAGGAGCAGAGUCAAUAAUGUUCCUAGAACCUGAUGUGGAUGCUGCCAGCCUUCUCACAAGCAGCCUCAAACUCAAAAGCAUUGUAGAUGGUGUUCCUGAGGCAAGGCUGGCAAAACUCUUGAUGAAACGCAAAUUCAAGGCAGCUGAGGAGUUUUGUGACCGCUUUGGAUUGAACAUUGAGGAGGUUCAUAAGGCACGGGCCAGGUUUUUGUGUGAUUUGAUGAAUCCAUGGAACAUAUCGGCUGUAAAUAAUACUCUAAGUGAGGUGGAGGGAAGUGGAAGUCUUAUUGAGGAACUGUUGCUCACCCUAGAUAAGAUCAACGAUUCAGAAUUUGUGACUACUCUUUGCAUCGAGGCGCCUUUACCCGAUUUAAUUAUCACAAAGAAGAUUCUCAAUUAUGCUAAAGAACGACUUGCAAAUUCAACACAGUCUGAAGAAGGUGAUCAGUUAAGUAGCUUAAUGCAGCGUGUGAGUGAGAGCACCUACCGCCUAAUAACCUUCCAGACCAUCUUUCCAUCUUCAGAUAUUCAACACUGGCUUGCGUUCUCCCAUACAGACAUGCUUGAAGAGUUUGUUGAACACUUAAGAAGGGGAAACUUGGACGUUGCAUCAACAGUGUGGCAUCGGCAUCAGUACGAGUUCAGCCAACAUGUGGACCAGGCGUGUGUAUCUCAGAUCUUGGUGGCUUUCCCACAUAAUGUACCAUCUUCAGUACUUUUGAAAUGGCUGCCAAGGAAUGUAUUGGGGGACCUGGUGAAGCUCUGCCCCAGCUCAAUGGAAAUAAUUGCCAGCUGGGCUGACAGUAGGGUCAAGAGCUUGGAAGUUGUAGAAAAGGCUGCGUGGCCUUCUAAUGGAUUAACACUUGCAAAUACCAUUAUCUCUGUUCUGGAAAAUGUUGCUGCCGAUUUCCAUGCAGGUGGUAACAUAGAGGUGCAGAUGGCCGUUCACGUUGCCCAGUGGAAAGCUCACAGUCCGACGUCUGCGCUCUACCAUCUCCGACAGACGGCUCUUGCACUCCAGGAUUUACAACUGCUAGCAGAAAAUUUUAGAAUAAAAAUAGAGUUCAGUCAGUAUACACAGGAAAACAAAGAGGCUGUCGUAGCAGCUUUACUGGACUGGCUAGUGUGUGGUGAGGAGGUCUCCCCCUUAAUGAAUGGCUUUUUACAUUCAUAUCUGAUUCAUCACGAGCUUGAUCACGAUGGCACUCUGGAACACUAUGUGCUGGACACCUUGGCCUCGGCGGAUCAGGACUGGUGGGCGUGGCAAGAGGCACCAUGGGAGGACAAGCUUUAUGCUGUCAUAGAUGUCAUAUCUGAUGCUCAGGUUCGUGCACAAUGUAUCCUGGAGUGUAUUCGUGUGGCUCCCGUACCCUGGAGUAUUGGCACACAAGCAGUGUGUGACUUAGGACUAUCCCUUAAUACCAGCCUCAGCAGUCAACUGGAGGAUCAGAGGCGUUUAGUGGACCUCAAGUUGGUGUUAAGAAGAUAUGGUCUCCAUCUCACUAAUAUAGAUGAUCCAAGAAAUGCUGAGAUGAUGUUAAAAAACAUAUUGUCUCAUGAUGAAGGAAACGAGAUGGAGGACGCUCUUCAUGUGGUUGCUGCCUAUAAACAUCUAUCCAAAGUAGAUGCAUAUUUUAUCAGGUCUAUUUAUCUCCUUAAAACAAGGAAAGCAGAUGGUGUGAAAAAACUUCUUCAGGAAUCAAGUAAUAAUCUUCAAAGACAGACUUCUCAAAUGCUGAUUACAUUUGCUACUCAAACUAUGCUCUUUCCUCCAAGAGGACAGAAGGGACGAGAACUACAUUUAGCUGUGACUGAGGGUAUGGUAGCACUGGAGAUGUUGUUAAUAAAGUGGCAUUGCACGACUGGGACCCCAUUUGAUGAAAAUUUAUUUGCCAAUUUUCACAAACUUCACAUUUUACAGGUUCGCUAUAGUCUUUUCCCAACACUGAAGGAAUUAAAUGACAAAAGCUUUUGCAAGAAAUUGUUUGAGGAUGAAGUGUCAAAUUGGUGCAAGGAGAAUGGUACCUUGUGGGUUACUGAAGGAAAGACAUACGAGGACACAGCUUCCAAGAGCACCGGGACACCAGGAGACGGCAAGACCUCUCUUGCCGUCAACAAAGAGGAAAGAAGUUCCUCGAGAAGGUUGAGCCAUUUUCAACACAUGGCAUCUUUGCUAGGAAUUUCGCAGGGUCAUUUGUUAUCUCUCUUGGCCUCAUUAGCUGCCAAGAAUGGUGAGCUGAAGACAGCAGUUUACAUAUGCCAAGAGAUCCUAGCAGACCCAACAGUUGUGGAUUACACAGAAAUUCUUACUGAAGUAGUUAAACUAAUUGUUGAACAGCAAAAUUCAAAGUUAGUUGAAAAUGGAGAAUUGUCGCCUCUGAAUAGAUCAGAACUGCAAGAGAAGAAUUCUAGCGUUAAGUCGUGUGCAGACCUUGUAGAAGUGUUGUAUGAACUUGUGAGUUCAGCCCUGAUAUCUGUGCAUCCAGACCGUGUGGAACCGCUGUUGGAGCUGGGGAGCUGGUGCUGGCUGGGCCAGACAUUGUACGCACAGUGCCAUGUGGAGGGUGUGUACACCAACACUGAUGGUGUAGAGACUAGCAGUCCUUACAGUAAUUGGAAGUUUAGUGCAUUAUUUCAUGAUGCCAGUAUGCCUAUUGAAGGUAGCUUAGUUACUUCACUGAUAACACAAGCCAUGGAAGUCCAUUUGAAUUUCUCUCAUUACAAAAGUAAAGCUCAUUCAGUUCCUUACCAAAACACUGAUGAGGAAAGAGUUAAUUUGUUUAGAAAUGCACAUCUGACAGAUAUCUUACGGGACGUGAUAUGUCAUCUUCGUGCAAGAGGUCAAGAUAUGCUGGCACUUUCUAUCUCAUUAUUGCUAGUUCAGCACUGCGUUAUUUCAGGCACCCAGUCAUCCUUGGUUGGAGGUAUGCCUGAUUGGCAACAAGUAUUUACACUCUUAUUAAAAGUUGUUGGGAGUACACGGCCUGAUUUAAAACUUGCUGUCAGCUUGCUUGUCUUACUGAUGAAAAAAGAGGCUUUAAAAGUACUCAAUGAACUUAUCAAAAGAUUUGGCUUUGAUUACAUAAGGCUUAUAUCUGUUGCUACUAUAGGUAGAGACUAUUGUACAUUGCAUGGACUGCAAGAGUUUAAGGAACACUUUGAGUUGUUGUUAAUGAAAGCUCAGUGGGGUAAGCGACUGAGUGACCUGAAUAUAUCAUUCAAGGAAGCAUUUAAAGGAGAGAGUGCUGCUUUGAAAACUGUUAUGGUCAAUUUGGUAUCUCAUUCAGAGUGCUCUUUCUCCAUACUCUAUGAGUAUUGCAAGAGUUUUAAAUUGGAUGUGACGGAUGCAUUGCUCUGCUAUCUAAGAACUUCACUUCAUUCCUGGACACCAGAAUUGUCCAGUGAAGAUCGGCAUGUAGGUGGUAUUGUACAUAUUGAACCUCCUCGUGCUUUACUGUCCAAAUGCCAAGCCAUUGUUGCUGAGAUUACCAACAAGUCACAGUUGCAACAAAUGCUCUUAGAACAGUUGGAUUUGAUAAGUUCCUACAGCUAUGAAUUUAUUGAACUUGUAUUGCAACAACUGAUAAUACUUGAAGAUGACACCGAAGAAUUAGAUUUGCUAAAUCGUGGUUUGGAAGUGGUAAAUUUUCUUUGGGUAUAUGCUAGGCAGGCUGCAGUAAGUGAUACGGAAGUAGAUGAAUGGGUCUCCAGCCAUCCUCAGAGUUUAGGUCCUCCUGACAUAGCUAAGUAUCGUCUGCCUUUUCAUGACCUCUACAGGAGGAGUAAAUUGGUAAUGAAAAUAAUUGAAGCAGAAUUGAAUAUAUUAACUGUUGAUAAAUGGCUUAAAGCUUCUCAUUUCUUGAAAUUAAACCCAGAUCAAUUGUGCAUGAUGGCAACGCAGAAUACAGUUUCUAAAUCUUUAGAGAUAUCUGAAAGAUCCAAAUAUAACUCUCCCUCUGGAGUGUCUGAGACGAGCAAUGUCAAGACGCCCCAGUGGCAAGUGUGCAGUAGCAACAGUGCUCUGUUGGCCCGUGUUCAGUCAGUGGUCAGUAAGAUCCAGCAUGAUGAAUUAGCAACUGCUUGUGCUAGUUGGGUGGUGAACAGACUACCUCCAGGAGCUGACAAAGUAGAAGCCGCUAAGAAAAGUAAACUGCUGGCCAAACAGUGGAAAGAGCGUAGUCAAGAUCCCAAGUCAGCCGAGGCGUGUAUACGUAUGAACCUUCGGCACCAGCAGCUAGCUAUUGAGCAUGCACUGCAUAAACAUUGUCUGGCAGAGCCACAGUAUCUGGCACUGACACGUACUCCGGUAGUACUUAUCUUUGAACUCUACCAGCAUCCGUCACUGGACUCUCUAGCAACUCUUGGCACUCAGACAAUGCCAGAUAUAAAUGCCUGCGUAUCCGAUAUAUGUAACAUCAUCGACUGUAAUCAGGUGACAAUCCAGCUGGAGUUACUGGAAAAGUGGCUACCACCUCCAGAGUCCGGCGAAGGAAUUGGAUUGGAGGAGACGGUAACAAAUUUCAAGAUCGCUUUGGACCCAAGUUCCUGUGACAAUGAUCCAAGUGACGAUGCUUCACUUUCCAGGGUUACUUAUCUCUUGCGAUGCUGCUCUCAAGAUGAAGCUGUGGGUUACCUUCUGAAUCGUGCGCUUAAUGAGGACACCAGUUUCUCUGCUGCUCAUCGUCUGAGAGCUCUUCGUUGUCUACUGGCUAUUGCUGAUGAAGAGAUGAUCCAGAAGCAUUGCCCUAAGGGUAUCUCGUCCAUUAGGUCAUACCUGCAGACCAUGACGUACGUGAGCCGCCUGGAAGCACUGGGUCAUGCUACUAGUGUGAAGCAGUUUAACAGUAUGGACAAGUGUGCACUAAUAGAAGGGCUAUGGCGAUCACAACGGCACAAUCCGAUGGCGCUAAUUUUACUUACCGACCUGUGUCAUGACUAUAAGGUGACAACAGCAUCACUCUGGGGUGCAGUACUUGUUCAGAUCACAAGUUUUGUUAAGUCAGGUCAGAUGGACAUCACUGCACUUGAGCGUGUCUUAAUUCGUGUGAAGAGCCUACCUCAUCUUUGGAUUGUUCCAGCACUUACUACUGCUUGGAUCACACUUAUUAACUACCCAUUUACAAAAGCCAGCCAUCCCGUCAAUGACAACAACCUGGCGUCGUGCCUGCACAGUGUGGACUUGCUUCUGCGGCACUGCCCUGUAGUGGUGCCCAUUGCCCCUCUAGUGAAGCUCUGUCACAACUUGCAACUGCCCGUCUUGGCUCUUGCUGUUGCUGCUGCAGACCAAGUGCAAUCUCAUGAUCUUCAGUCUCUAGCGAACAGGACACCAGUUGCCACUCUCAAGAGUCAGUACGAGCAGCUCAAGUCCUUGCUUUCCUUCCCAAAGAGUGUUGAGGAUCUUUUGGAGUGUCUUCAGUAGUUUCCAUCACCUGUAAAUGACUGUCAUGCAGGUGAUCUGAGAAACAAGAUUGUAAACAAUUAAAGAUAUCUUAAGUAAUGACCAAGAUUUAGUGCCAUGAAACGUAUAUAUUGGCUGGUUAUAAACAAUAUUUAUUCAAAUACAAUUACUGGUAUAAGGUAUUUCAAGGAGUGUUCUUCCUAGUUCAAAUUAUUUACCCAUGAUCAUAAUAAAAAAUUUCACCACAAAAUUUAAUAUGUUCUUCUCCUAUUAUCAUAUUAUCAUAGUCUGGUGACUAAUCAAAUAUGGGGGGACAAAUUACCCUAAGUGGAAGGUCAAUAUUUCAUGUACCUACACCUGACCUUUAUUAAAGCUAAUUCUGUAAGUUAUUAUAGGGUGUUUACAAACCAAGACCUGUUACUCUGCUGCAUGUUAUUUAAGUUUAACCACAUAAAUUUAUUAUGAAUUGAUUCUGGAGGUGUAUAUUAUAUACUAUACUUUUCAGUAGUGCUAUAGUCACACAAGCCCUGUUAAGAAUGAUGCUUUGACUUAGCAGAGAAACUUAAGUGUCUGCAGUGAUCCAGAGGGCAGUGAAAUGUGACCACAAAGCCCCUCUUCUGGUUGAAGGUGAGGAGUGAGACUAAGGUGUCCCAGGUGGCUUCUUACCACCUGUGUCUGUGUGCAUGGUAACCCAUGUACUCCACCUGCAAGUUGAGGGCUUAAGGCACUACACACCCUAGAGGAAGGAACACUGGUGGGGUGACAGGGGUAAAACUGGUAGUUCAGUGAGGGUUCAGCCAAAUCUAUGCUGACUUAUUCCGGUUAGGGAUAAAUGGGCAUUCAAAGGCCUAGGGUUAUCUUGGAUGUUAAGUUAACCUCACCUUGUUGAGCUGUGUGGUGGAUAUAAUAUACCUUCGGCACAUGAGGGGGAGGUGGUGACUAGGCCUACGUGUGUUCUACUCCUUGAGCUACAUAGUCCUCCUAGCUCGGUGCCUUUUUUUUUUUUUAUAAUUACCAGUACUUCACUGGAAAAUCCCCUAGGGACCACCACUUAUUACAUCGAACUACAAAGCAUGGGCACUCCUAUAGCAUGACUGGGCCAAGAUUGUGAUUCUGCAUCUUAAGGUAUCGACUUAUCAGUCUAUUCUUAUCAGUAUUUAUGGGAAGUAGUUGAAGAAAUAAGUUGUCACAUAAAUAACUGUUGCCUCGGGCAGAAAUGCUAACCUUGACGUGCUUGACCACCACUAGAUGACAGCCAAGGUCACCCCAGGGUCCUGGUUACCCAUCUACCUCAUUAGGCAGAAGAUAACCAGCAACUGGAGGAACAAACUAGGACAGCUAGUUGUGGACACAGGAACAACAGCCAACAGAGGGAAACCUUGACAAAGAACUAGACCAGACCACAACCUGCACAGAAUGUAAAAAGGGCACCAGGAGCAAGAAAAAUGGAGGUUCAAGAUAUUUUCUGAAGAAGGGCCUGGGAGGGAAGACAUAAACAGACCCAAAAUUGGGGCCCAAUUGCUUUGUCCAAAACCAAGGAGAGGCGACCAUAAAACCUGCAGAACUGGGCAUGCUGAGACAUCCAGGACCCACAGUCACAGGAGCCAUACAAACACACCAGAGCUGGAGUAAAAUGAAUUUUAGAAAACUCAUUUGUCUAACAGUUAAGAUCAAAUUGAUUGUACUGUAUUUUAUUUUGUGUAAUCACAUAAAGAGAUACUCAUUAUAAAAGAUCCAUCACAAUGAAAUGAAAGAAAGCCUUGCUGAAUUAAGGGAUAUUUGAACAGACAUGCUACAAGUAGGAUGACAAAAGAACACCAAGAAUAAAGUAGACUAUAGAAGGACAUUUUUUAUUGAUGGGCUUUAUGAAAUCAUAAUGUAGAGAAAUUUCGUUUAGUGUAUACACUUAUCUUUACUGCCAAAAAGACCUUAGUAAAGCUUUAUCAAAAGCCCUUAUGGGUUGAAUGUUACAUAAUCAUCCUGGCUUGAUGCCUUUUGAUACGUACUUACAUGCUAAACAGCAUUAUCAAUAAAAUCUACUUCAUGUUUCUCUACCUCGUGUUUUCUGCAUAUGUCAAUGUCCAGCUGAUAAAGCAUAAAUUGCCUAGUUAAAAUGGUAUUAACAGCUCAAGAUGGUUGAACAACUUGCUGUUUUUGUUCCAGAAAAUUACAUGUUGCUCGUCUUGGCUUCUGCAGGCGAGUUACUCUUUAGGGGGAGCUUCAUACAGUUCACUUGUCUGGUUGUGUGAUUUGGUAGUUAGUGUAGUUCAGUUUUUGGAUACAAAGAGAUUUUGAAGUGUCAUUACCCCCUUUCAUCUAGCAAUAAAUAAGUACACAGGAGUUAGGCAACUCUUGUGGGCUGCAUCCUGCAAAGGUCAAAAAGAAUCUUUUAUGUCACUGGAUAUUUAAAAGGUGCUAAAUAUCAUUCAGGUUGUCAAUGACAAAAGGACACAAGGUGGGCAAUAUAAAAGGUAUCAAAGUCAUCAAGAAUUUGAGAGGUACAUCAGGAAAUCAUGACAAGUCUUAAAAAUCAGGACAUUCUACAAGAAAGUGUAUGAUUGCAAGUGGGACAAUGCCAUUAGGACAAGGAGCAGAGCAGUAUAUUAUUGAGUGAGUGCAAGUUAAGUGUCUUUUACGGUGGUGGGGGAAGGCAAAGGAGAGAGGUCACCUUUAUGAGUGAACAGUUUAGUUGUAAUUUCAGACCAAUGACCUUGACAACAGUUGUGGAUUGCAGAAUGAAUGACUGGGUAGAAAUCUGAACAAGUAAUUUCUUUUUGGAGAAAUAGGAUAACUGUGAUAGUCCUCCUUAGCAUUGGAGAUCUAUUGCAAUACUGAAUGAGCGUAUGGUCUUGGUGUCCUUAUGUUCAUUAAAGGUAACACCAAUAUGGCUGGAAGCCAAGCAAAAUUCAAUUGUCUUAAAUCUGCUAGAUAAGAAAUGGCCAGUAUUGGAUAUCGAUCACCACAGGAUGCAGAGGGUUAAAUGACUCCAGAGCCAUGAGGGCACUGCAAGUCAAACACAAUAACAAAGCAUGGCACAAACGAGUGAGGAUGUUGCAAAGACCAUGCAAGGUAGUGAAGGUAACAGUAAUCCUUAGAGACAGGAUGCCAGUUUCAAUAUACAGUAUAAGCUCUGGGUGCAGGAUGAGAGUCAAGGCGUAACCCAGUACAGUAUCAUCAAAACAAUGACGACUCGAGGCAGAAGAAAAGGGAGGAACCAUAAUUGAAUUUAGACAGCAUGAGUGAGUGUGUGAGAGAGAAAAUGUGUGUGGGGGGGCUCCCAGCGGGUGGUGCAAUGACCCAAAAGGUUACCCUACAUGGAUCUCCUCCAUACAUACUACACCCGGAAAGGGGAGGAGGAGGGCACUGGCCCCAGGGAGUCAUACAUGACCCCUUCACCAUAACGGGGAGACCAUUGAGGGGGGAGAACCUCAAUAAGCUUAAAUGGCUUUCUGUCCUCAACAGGAACAAUACUGUGAAAUAAUGUAGUCUAGACAGGUUAUUAAAGGCUGGAAAUUAU